GAGGGGGACAGACCUUCCAGGACAGGGGGUUCUGUAGCUGUAAUAUGGCUGGGAGCAGGUUGGAGAAAUUGGGGACUGUCUUCACCAGAGUACGAGAUCUGCUGCGUGCAGGUGUAAUCAAACCAAAUGAGAAACCCGUGUGGUUUGAUGUGUAUGCUGCUUUUCCACCAAAAAGAGAACCAUUGUAUGAAAAGCCACCAAAGCGAAUGCGACACCCUCCCGACAAUGUGCCUGUCAUUCUCUACCAGGAGGAUGUAAUUCGAGCUAAAUUCUAUGAGGCCUAUGGCAAUGGCCCCAAGAUGUUUGAAUUGUCGCGAACAAAUUUCAAAUCGACAUGCCAGAGGUUUGUAGAUAAAUACAACGAACUUCAGAAGCUAGGUGAACAAGAUGAAGACAAGCUGUUUGAGGAGGCAGGGAAAGCACUGUUGGCUGAAGGCAUCAUUUUAAGAAGAAAAGGAGUUCCUAUGGUAACACAUCAACAAUCGCUAACAACUGGCAUUCAGGAUCCAGUACCUGAUAUGAACCUCAAAAAUAUGCCAAAAGAAACACAGGAAGAAUCAUCAAAACUCUGAGACUGGCAUACAGUCCACCACUUCCUAGCUUGAUUGUUGCUAACUGAAUGACUUUACUUUUCUGUAUGUUUUUGGUUUUUUUUCUAAAUUAACUAAUAAAGAAUCAUAAAAAAU